AUGUCACUCUCCCCUCGCAUCCCUCCCCCCUCGAGUGACAUCACAAACUGUGAUGUCACUCAUCCUCUCUGUGACAUCACUGGAGACUGUCUCUAUAUUCCAAGAUUCUACAGAGAGAUUCAUUUGCGGUUUGACGAAGUUCAAAAAAGACAUAGCGAUGGCGGAGUAUUUUACAACGGUGGAGGUUCUUGAUAAGCGAUGCAUGGAGCUACAGGACGAGAACUCCAUGCUAAGAACAACGGUGGACAGCAUGGAGCAGAAAAUACACCAGCUAACUGGGAGGACAAACAGUGGCAUCGCUGAUUUGAUGUCCGAAAAUAAAAUGUUACAGGAAAGGAUGGAGCAACAACAAUGGAGAAUCGAGGCGCUCAAUAAUGAGCUGGAGGAAACCAGAGUGACAAUUCAAUCACUGAAACAACAGUGCAGAGACUUAAGCAAGGAAAACCAAAGACUGGAGUCAAAUAACAUUUCGAUCAGAAGGAGGGCAGAGAAUGCUUUGAGGGAAAAAAUAGAAAUCGCCAGUGGUUAGAGAAUGAAAACAACGAAUUAAAUAAAAAACUGGUGACAUUGAAAAUUAAAUUAGACAGGCUAAAGUCAAGGUCAGCACAUGCCCAGAUUGCAAAGACAAAUGAGGACAUGGCAGUAAAGAUGGUGGAUGAGCCCAAGCCAACAGUGUUUCAGAGAGUUGGGCGUGUUUUUGUUCAGAUGUACCAGGAGGGUACACUACGAUAUUGGGUACCAUCAUGGAUUUUUUAAAAGUGCUGUAAAUCUGCCAUCAAGACAGAAACACGCCCAACUCUCUGAAGCACUGUUGGGUCUCUUCAAGAGAGAAGGUCUGGGUUGAAGGAUGGAAGAGUUUUGGAGAGGAGGCUCCGUCUGAUAGUGGAUCCUCGGAUUGUGGAAGAGCAGUGUGGUUUUCGUCCUGGUCGUGGAACAAUGGCAGUUAGUCGGACUCGUUCCCUGUGAGAGUUGGACUCCACCAGGGCUGCCCUCAGUGAUUCUGUUCAUCACUUCAUGGACAGAAUUUCUAGGGGCAGUCAAGGUGUUGAGGAGAUCCGUUCUGGUGGACUUAGGAUCGCAUCUCUGCUUUUUGUGGAUGAUGUGGUCCUAUUGGCUCCAUCAGGACGUGAUCAGCAGCUCUCGCUGGAGCGGUUCGCAGCCGAGUGUGAAGCGGCCAGGAUGAGAAUCUAUGCCUCCAAGUCCGAGGUCCUGGUCCCUCACAAGGGUCCCAGGGAGCCCCAGGGAAGACCCAGGACAUGCUGGAGGGACCAUGUCUCUCAGCUGGCCUGGGAACGACUUUGGGUUCCAUCAGAGGAGCUGCAAGAAGAGGCUGGAGACAGGAAAGACUGGGCCUCCUUUCUGAAGCUGCUUCCCCCGAGACCCGACACUGGAUUAGCAGCAGACAAUGGACGGACGGACAGACGGGUGGAUGGACGGAUGGGCAGAAGGAUGGGUGGAAGGAUGGGCGGAAGGACGGACGGAUGGACGGGCGGAUGGACGGAUCUUUUUCACGUGGGUCUGGUCAUGCUCUGAGCUCGUGGUUGUCAGUCAUGGAGCUUGUGGAUAACGGGGGUCAAGCGCUGAUAGUCUGGUGUUCCCCGGACUCUAACUUCGACAUUCCUGUUUACUUGCAGAGGAAGUAAGAGGUCAAGAACAUCUGACCUGAAACCCCCUCCUCUUUAUUUAUCAGCUGUCGACUGUUGCUCAGGAUUUGUGCAGACUUGCAGUACUGGGGGUCAGAAGAACAGGUUGCUCAGCACAAUUCAAGGAACUUCAUGGCCGAAAGAAAACCCCAAAGAAACAUCAGCUAUCAUGACUGAGUCUGCAGGUUCAGCAGGAUACUUGCUAAUGAGGAUUCAGUGACUUGCAAAAAAAAUCCCUAAAUGCAUAUCACUUUCACUACUGAGAGCGUCCACCUUUCCUUUAAUAACAACCGACUCUGUUUGGGUAUUCCCCGGUAAAAGUUCAAACCUCCGAGACUGGGAAGCAGGAUUUGAAAACAACAACAUGCCUGGAUCUUCUGAGGAUCUUUAGGGGAACCACCACAGAACAGAGGAAAUCACAGCUUAGAUUUCCUCUGACAUGACGUUCAUGCGUGGUUCAUAGAUUCCCUGGAGGAGUUGGUUUUAUGUUCCUGUAGAAGGCGGGCGAAACGGCGUGAAGUGGACGCUGAACGUGUCACGGCAUCUGAGCGGUGAUGAAACUUACCGAACAUGAGCUCAGCAAACUUCUGUCACAUUUUUUUCUUCUGCUGUGGUUUUUGUGGUUGAAGCCAGACGUGGUUCACCGCCUGGACGCGAAAGGAGAACAUGUCAUACGGGAAUUAAAUGAGAAACCAACACAAAAUCCAGAAAUGUAACAGCGUAACUUCGUAUUUGGUUUGUGAUUCUUAGUCGUUCUUCAAAAUGGGAAAGACGAGAAAACGACACACUGUUUCUGCUGAGGGACCAGUGAUUGUGAGAGACGCAUUGCUACAUGAGAAUGCGGAGGGAAGCACCUUCUCUCCUCCCCCACAAAUGAUUUCCAUGAGUCAGAAGAAACUCACCCAGUGCUAUAAAGGCAGCGCAGCACAAAGAGAAACUAUUUUCUAGUUGCUGCAGCAGUGACAGGAUGCUACUGAUCCUCUCUGUCCUCUGUUUGGCUAUUAAUGCCUGCGCCUCUCCCAUCAGCCUCCAUGGGACGACCACAGUCGCGUACGGCGGCGAGGCAAACUUCAACUGUACGCUCGCAAACCCAACAGGCGUUCUGCAGGUCACCUGGCAGCGGGGUCUUAGACCUGAGUCAUUGGAAAACAUGGCAACGUACAACAAACCUGUUGGGGAGCAAAUAAAUGAGCCUUUUAAAGGGAAGGUGAUCUUGCACAAUUCGUCUUUGAGCUCCUCGUCCAUCACAUUGAGGGAUGUGACGUGGGCAGAUGAAAACUGUUACGUCUGCUCCUUCAACGUGUAUCCCGACGGCUCCAAAAGGAAGCAGAUCUGCCUCAAGGUGGAAGGGAUAUCAGAGAUGCAGAAAUGGAACUCCUCUGCAAGCAGCUCUGCCCCUAACAGCAGAAAGGAAGAACUCAGUUGCUCAGCCACAGGGAAACCCACACCCAAGAUUUCCUGGAACAUCUCCGAUCUCGCUCUCACAGACGCCACAGAGACUACAGUCAACAACAGUGAUGGGACGUCCACCACCAUCAGCAACAUCACAGUGCAGAUGCCGAGAGACUGGAGAGGACAUGUGUACUGUGUAGUGAACCAAGGACUGCUGGGACAGAGGCAGGAGGAAUUCUCUUUUUCCUCACUUGGAAAAAGUGAGGAGGAGCAAGGAAAUGUGUCACAGAACGUUCUGAUCAUCGCAGUCCUAAUAAUCAUCAUCUGCAUCACUGUCGCAGCGGUCCUAUUGGUCCACAAAAGCAGAUUAAAGAGAAGACGCAACGAUUUCAUCGCUGUUUGAUCCGCCUUUUCAGCAGCAUUCAAGCAUUACGACAACCUCUGGAGUCUGUUGCACUGAUGACGUUCAUAAGCUCCAGCCGGAGCUGCAGCAGUUCACAUUUCUCUGCAAUUGCACUUUAACUCGAAGCUUUUCUACGGACCUUGUUGAAUGUGAAAGUCACAGCACAGCCGCAGUGUCGCAUAAUAGAACGUUGACGUCAGCAACACGACUUCUUAACUGAACCUCUGGCGCCAUCUAGUGUCCUGUUCCUUCAGCGACCAUCCUGAGAAGUUGUGAUUCUAUUCGUGCAAACUUAUUGGACGUCUUACCUCAGUUAAAAAUAUAUAUAUAUAUAGA